GAAUGAAACAAGUACGGAUUUGUGAAUAGGCUACUUAUGGUCGACUGAGAUGUAAUGUACACAAAUGUAUUACCAGUGAUUACUUAUCCACCGAAUGUAUACAGCAAAAAGUACAGAACUGUACUAUAAAUAACAUAAUAACGUGUUCUGUUUUGAUUCAGAUUUUUUUUCUUGUAAGUCGCAGAAUGUAGCUGGUGACAAUGUUGAAGAGGAAGAUAGAAGAAAUUGGUGAUUUAUCAUCUGACAUAGAUGACAACAGUAGCAGUUCUGUCAUAACUAACAGCAGUUCUGAUGUUCCAACAUCUAUAGUUAUGUCUAAAAAGAAACGUCAAAAGAAGUCUGUGAAGUUCAAAGGUGUGACUGUCUACUAUUUUCCCAGAAUGCAAGGUUUUACAUGUGUUCCAAGUGAAGGAGGUUCCACACUGGGCAUGUUACACAAGCAUAGUCAUAUAGAGAGUUUUAGUAUACCAGACCAUGCCAAGGAACAGAAGAGACUACACACCUUAAUGAUUGAAGAAAUGAAGAAACAAGAAAAGAAAAGUGCUAAAUAUUUGGGGAGUGACGAAGAAGAUGAUGAUGAGGAAGACAUGGAAGAUGAUUCUGAUUUUGAGAAUGACGAUUAUUAUGUACUGACACCAAUAACAACAAGACAGAGACGCAUUCUGCUUAGACAGUCAGGGGUUAAAAAAAUAGAAAGUGGUGAGAAGGAUGGGUGCCGAGAUAUUCGUAACUCACGUGAGCUAUGUGGGUGUGACUGUCAGGUAUUUUGUGAUCCAGAGACUUGUGCCUGUAGUCAAGAAGGUAUACAAUGUCAGGUCGAUAGAUUAUCAUUUCCUUGUGGUUGUAGUAAAGACGGCUGUGGUAAUCUACAAGGUAGAAUUGAGUUUAACCCCAUUCGUGUGAGAACUCAUUUUAUUCAUACAUUAAUGAGGCUUCAGUUAGAUAAGAAAGAAGAAGAUCAUUUAUCACCUGUUACUAAAAUACAAAAAGGUCAAGAAUUAGAACAAGAGAAAAUUGAAUCGGAUGUUGACUCUGCACAUUGUUCUGACGAUGAGCAAAAGACAAUUGACUUGACUGAAUUUAACAGCAACGAACUAGGGAGUUGUCGAGAUUGUCAGAAUUCAGAUGUCUGUAAUGUAAUGAUGCAGGAAGUUCAGUAUGCUUCUCAACAACAGAGGACAGCACUGAUCUAUCAGUCACAACAAUACCGGGAAUCUCAGUCUAACGUGUUACCAAGAGUAUAUCUCUAUAAUGAAUCAGAUGAACUUUAUAACACUGAUAGUAUGUCUUCUUUAUAUAAUUACAAAGAAGAUGAAAGCUCAUAUUCAGAGUCCAGUUCUACAGAGAAUAGCCCACCAUAUGAAAAUGUUGAUUAUCCAGAGAAAUCAUAUCAAACAUUAACGCCAUUUACAACUGAACAAACAAACCAAAACUUUAGUAGCCAUAGUAACAAUAUAUCACCACAAAGUUCAUUCAUUUCAAACUCACAGCCAGAAAAAAAGUACACAUCAUUAAAUUCUGCAGAUCAAUUCUAUAAAGUUACAGACCAAAUGACAGCUGGGGUUGUUCAAAACAACUGGAUGUCAUCGUAUUCAGGACCUCAAAAUCGUGUGGUAUCCACAUGUUAUACCACAAUGACAAACACUACCAGUGAUAAAAUUGCUGAAGCUUGUCCCGCCAUAUUAUCACACAUAAACCACAAUGAUAAUGGAUACACCGAUGGCAUUACAGUAGAGAAAUAUCAAGAUCCAUUCUCUGUCAAUUGUGGUGAUGUUAAAACUUAUAUAGACUUAGACAAAAGCUCAUCUAGCCAAUCAGAAACAGGUAACCAUUGUGUAACCAAUCAACAAGGGCAAUCAGAAGCACAGACGUGGAAUAAUUCUUCAGAAGUUGGGCAGAACUUUGGUGAAAUUAUAAAAGAAUCAUUGGUAGAAACUGUGCAUGUAUCUGCUUGACAAAUCUUAUAAUCUCAACUCUAAAAUGUUUGUGAUUACAGUUAGUGUAUUUGAUUAAGUAAGGUUUACCAACCUGUUUAAAGUGUAGUAAAGCAAUCCAUUGUAUAGUGGACUUCAUUGUUUUUUAUGGCUUGACACAAAAAAACUAAAGUUGCCUUCACUUCAAAGAUUAAAUAUUUACAUUAUAAAACAUUCACCAAUCAAAAUAGGGUGCAAAGGUUAGUGAUUUAACUAGUCAGAAAUAUUUUACUGCAAAGAAUCUUGUCAAUGAAGGAUGAUCAGUUGUUUCAUUGACUGUCUACUUAAAUGUACAUGAUGUAACUAAGAAUGGCAUGCAUAUUUUAGUGUAAGAUGGUUAUUAUAAGCAAUCCCCAUGUUACAGUGGUGCUAUUAACAUGUAAGGCAUUUCACUGAAAGUCAUUGUUACAAAACAAGUGUACUUUCACUAAAAUUUUCUAAAAAAAUAGAUAAGGUGCUUUUUGAGAGGAAGCUUCAUGAAGUCUUUAUUAAGGAACAUUUAUUUAUAGAUUUGAAUAAGGUUGGUGAUUUGGUACUUCUACACAUGUAUGAAAUGAGAUUUAUUUUACAGUUCUAUGUAAAGAUAUAUUGUUUUCAUUGUUGUUAUCAAACGGAAUCUUUGUCUCAGAUAAAUAUUGUGUUAUUUGUUAUGUAGCUCGUUUUAAAGAAAUUCUAAGAACAUCAUUUAAAUCGGUAUUUGAGCAUUGUUGAGGCAUACAAACUUGUGAAUUAAUAGUAUUACAUAUCCCAAAAGUCAUUUGAUAUCUGGGUCUGAGAUUCUUGUUAAAUGUGAUAAGUGUAAAUCAAUAUUUUACUCACAUCUUUAUGUAUAAGAUUUUUUUUAUAUAUGAUUGUAAUGUGAACAAUUGUAAAUAAUUUUUCCUUCUUAUUUUAAACAACUAUGUCUCUAAGAAUAUUUAUCAAAAUUUUAUGAAUUGUAACUGUUAAAUUUUGAUGUUGAUUUACAGCUUAUUUAUUCAUUUCUUUUUUUUUACGAGUAGAUCUGAUUUUACAAAUUGAAUAUAUAUUUACAAGUAUGGUAAAAAAAAUAUGGCAAAGUUGUCUUCCCUGUAUGGCUAAAUUGAAAAGUUAGGACAUUGAAAUGAAUCAGAUAAUUAUUUUACUAAAAUAUGCUGACAUAUGAAAAAAACUUCAGAUAAUUAUUUUAUAUUUUUCCAUAAACACAUGUAUGACAUAUGCAUGACAAGAAAUAAAAAGUAAUUGAAAUUACAUUUCAUUUGUUCCGAUGAGAUCUGUUUGAAGGUUUACAUCCUACUGAUUUCUGUGAGCAAUAUUUGUACUGAGAGUACUGACAUAUGUUAUUAUAUCUAUGUUUGUUGGAAAUAUUUGAAAUUAAUCCACAAUCAAUAGCAAAAUUUCCAAAUAUCUGAAAUUUGUAAAUGUGUUUAUUAAUGAUCUACGCCAUGUACGCUGAGGAACCAAAAAUAUAAAGUGCAUGUACUUUGUCUUUUGACAUAAUGUUUCAAAAGUUUGUUUCAUUCAUAAUUGUAAUUGAUAGUUCAUUUAAUAUUAUAUAAGCUUUACCUAGAUCUUUUUUUAUUUGUCAUUAGUGCUUGCUAGGCCAGAUGUCAUUGUUGUUUCCAUGACAACUCUCUUUUAAUCUUAUUAUGUUUUGUUUAUGUGUGUUUUGCUUAAUGUAAACUUUAAGGCAAUAAAAGUGGUGAGGUUGUGCUGGAAACAACAAAUAUUUGUAAGGUGAAGGCCAUUCGAGUCUUUGUUUUUUCAUAUAGAGCCCUUUACACUCCAGACGUUUGUCUUUGUACUUUGUAUAGUCAAAUGGAGAGAUAUAUUUUUGCAUUGUAUGCAAACAAUAAAUGAAGCAUCGGAACAGGACAACUAGACACAUCUUAAACAUUUGUACAACAUUGGUGAUUUAUUUAGUUGACAAACGUUUCCUUCUGACAAGAGCAGAUAUCUCAGUCAGGUAACAGAUAUGCACAGGUUUCUAAAUUAUAUCAAAAUUAUUCUCUAUUCAAAUUUUUUAAUUUAGCUUCUAUGACCAUUUAGUUUUAACUUUGCACUUUAUACUAUGUCGAUAUCCAGUUAUUUCACAUGAGCUCUAAGAACAAUCCUUAUUCUGGUAAUACGACUUCAAACCUUACAAGAUAAAAACACUUAAUUUUUAAGAUUUUACAAGUUGGUAUAAGUAAAACCUUAUAGUUUAUUGACUAUAAGCAGAUACAUUUAACUACAGCAAGAUAUUUUUGUUAACUGGUGCUUUUCUUUAGUAGUUUUACUGUGAUUUAUUUUAGCUUAUGAUACUGGUGCUAGCUUUAAUAUUGUUCAUUAUUUAAAUUUAAGCAUUUAAGAAAAUGUCAGAAUUUAGAAUAUACUUAAGAACCCAGUCAGUUUGAUUUACAAAGAUUUGUUUAAUUCACAAUUUUGCUUGGUAUUGAUUGUAUAACAAACAGGUACUUAAUUAAAUUAUGUCAUGUAUGUGCAAUACAUGUAGUUAUAAAUUUUAUGAAAGAGUGAUUGUUUUUAUCUUGAGAACUGCUGUAUAGUGGUAUUUAAGAAUAUUGUAAAAAGGUAAAUUGAUUUUGUCUAUAAUGUAUUAGUUUUUAGCCUACUAAGGUCAUGAAGGUUAAGAAUUGGCUUAUUUAACCAUGUUUGUUAUCAUGUAUUUUUGCAUUUAUCAGAAAUCAUAUUUUAUGAUAAGAAAAAUAUAUUUUAUAAGACUUAAGUGAUACUCCAUAUUCAGUUCCCUUUAAAGUGCACCAUACAGAACUUUCUUAUAUGGCAUCUAUAAAGUUUGGUAUAUAUAUUUCCACUUCCAUUACUCAUAUACAUUAUUGAAUUUGUAAUGAAAAGAAAACCAAAUUUUUCCAAUUCUAUAUAUGAUUUGGUUUUUAUGUGUAUCAUAUAAAACCUCCUCAGGCCUAACCUCAUCAUUAUCACCCUCUCUAUCGUUAUCUGGGCAAGAAACUGUAUGAAAAUGGCAUCUAGAAAGGAUUUUUAGGCAGAACUAAGGGUUAAAAUUUCCUUCCAAACCAAAAUAGCUUGGACAUAAAGAAGGCAUCAUUUUACCAGACAGAACAUAACAAUAAGAUCUACUACACUUAUUUACAAUUUUUUUUUUUUUUUAAACCAGUUAGGACAAACAUCAAAUGGCCUUGUACGUAAAAUGGUCGUUAUGGUAAUUUGCCAAUGUUGUAAGAACCCUGGGGAAUAUAUAUUUAGGAAUUGAGUUAUAAGUUAGUUUUUUUUUACUUGAGGAACAAUGGUCAAGUCAGGUUUUAAAUAGUGAUUUUGGUAUAUGAUUUUAUUUUACUGAACAGUCUGUCUUUUUAUAGUUCAGGACAUACUUUGUUACCUUGGGUCACCAGCAAUACAUGCAGGCCCGUAGCCAGGAAUUUCCAAGAGAGGGUUCGUUCAACUCACAAACUCGACUUUAACAGUCACAAUAUGAACAGAACCUUGACUUUAACAGUGCUUAUUAGUUUUCAAGGGGGGGGGGGGGUGUCUGAACCCCCCUGGCUACGGGUAUGACAUGGAGCAGCAUUAUUUGGGGAAAACUAUAUUAUAUAUUGAUAACAAGUAAACUCAACAUUUGAAUUACAAUAACAGAUUUUCAGAUUAGAGUACAGCUAAAAAAAAAUGUGUUUGAAACAGUAUGAAGUAGAAUUGUGAAACUGUUGGGUUAUUUUUAUCACACUAUCAGAUGAUAUAUGCCCAUCCUUGAGAUAAGGACAAAACCAGAUAAAUGUAUGAUGAAAUCAAGGUCAUAAUUUAAACAUUUAUUUUUAUAGGCAUUUCAGUCUUUAGUUAUUCAUUGAUUUCAUUGAUAUUGAUAUCUGUCGGCAGACAUUAAAAACUUUGAAUUCAAGAAAGUUUGAUGUCAUGUGUAUAGCUAAAGUUCCAAUAUAUAUAAGAUGCAAUUUUUAUGCCAUUAAGCUUUACAUUUUAAGUCAGUAUGAUGUAUUGUUAUUGACAUUAGGUUGAUAUCUUGGUAGACUAAGUACAUCAACUUCCUGUGGAAGCUGCUAAACAUUUUAAUACAGGUUUUAGAAACCUAUGAAAGGUUUAAGAUUUAUAGGUUUAAUGCAGAAUGAUGAGACUUUUUUGAGAUGGACUAACAAUAAUCUCGUACAAUUUGUUCAUUUUUGAAAAUUUAGGAAUUACUUAAUUUCUCGUUGGCUUUCAAUUUCCAUACAGACAUUGUUUUUGAUAGUGAUUUUACUAAGAUGAAAUAAGUGUGAUGAUCAAAUUGUGUUAUUUAUUUAUUUUUAUUGAACAAUGCAUUUUCAAGGAACAAGUUUAUACAAAAAUCUCAAAAAUGUUAUAAUCUCAUUUGUGUAAAUGAAUUCCAGACAGUUAAAAGAUCUGAAUAUUGUUGUUGUAUAUAAUAUUGUUGUUAUGCAUGGUAGAUUGUUAUUGUUGUUGUAGUAUAAAUAAAUGUGCAAUACACCAA